UGAUCACCUUCCCGCCAUUGUAUUUUUCCAAACUUGACAAUAUGGACAUUUUCCUCUUAAUGAAACUACUUGGAACUUUAUUAGUACUUUUGAAUAUUGUUGAUCCAUGUGUUUCGACACCGUGUACAUUCGAGAACUCUAAUAUAUGUGGUUAUAAGCAGGAUAAAAAGGAUGAUUUUGAUUGGACAAGAUCAACGGGAGAAACUCCAUCAACAGACACGGGACCUGAACAGGAUCACACAAAGAAAUCUGAUAAAGGUUAUUAUAUGCACAUCGAGGCUUCAAGCCCGCGACUUCAAGGUGAUAAAGCCCGACUUGUUUCACUAGCCCAAUCUUCGUCUUCGUCUGAUCGAUGUGUUACGUUUUGGUAUCACAUGUACGGACAAGACACUGGUACUCUCAAUGUUUAUCUACAAAGUAAUGGCAUAAUUGGGAAAUCAGUCUGGAGGAAAAAAGGUGAACAAGGCAACGCAUGGAGGUUGGGAGAAUUUGAUAUUCCUGCCAAGUCUGGUCGUGUUUCGAUAGUGUUUGAAGGUAUUAGGGGUCUUGGUUACCUUGGCGAUAUUGCUUUAGAUGAUGUCGACAUAAAGAAAGGACAAUGUGCACCGGGAAGUAAGAAGAAAUCUUUGUCAUGUGAUUUUGAAUCAUCCAAUAUAUGUGGAUACACAGACGACAAAACAGAUGAUUUUGAUUGGACAAGAACGUCUGGAACAACCCCGUCACCAAGUACAGGACCGACAAAUGACCAUACAGUCGGAUCCAUUACAGUACUUCAUUUGUACUCAAAAUAUUUGUACAAAAAUGAUACCAACAAUGAUCUCAGUAUUCCAUGUUUGAACACCAUAACUUCAUGA